AUGAUAUGUGAGCUCAAGACUCGUCAAAGGGAGGGCGAAGCGAGGCUUAGCAUGUGGGAAGAGGACGCCACAAUCACUCUUAUCGGCAAUGUCGGCGCUUCUGAUGUCGGCGUCAUUGCGCCCGAGCGCAUCGCCGCGAGCUCUGGCCUAGACGGCGCUCCUCCAACCUUUACGGCGCAUGAUGACAACGACGAUAACGACGACAACGACAACGACGGCGGCGGCGGCGGCGGCGGCGGCGAGUGGCAGGGACAGGGACUCCAUGGUCACCACCAGCAACAUUCGCCCGGAACGCCCAUCUCGGCCCACGGCGGCGGAUCCAGCGGCGAGACACCCCAUCACGAUGCGUUCCAUGGCGGGAACCUGGACGACCCCAAGAGGCCGCGAGCCUGCGAGGCGUGCCGCGGCUUGAAAGUGCGAUGCGAGCCCGACGCCAACGACCCCGAUGGGCCGUGUAAGCGGUGCAAAAAGGCGGGGAGGAACUGCGUCGUGACGAUGCCGACGAGGAAAAGGCAGAAAAAGACGGACAGCAGGGUUGCCGAGCUGGAGAAAAAGAUCGAUGCGUUGACGGCGAGCUUGCAGGCCCGCGGGAACUCGGCGACACCGUCGACUGCUGCCGCUGGCGCUGCCAGUGUGGCCAUGAGCGCGUCUGCCACAAAGGACGAGAAUCUGCAAAAACAACGGGGUUGGGGCGACAACGGAAUGUCGCGGAAUUGGAAUACGGUUGCCAUUGCCGAGACGCCCGGUUCGCCCGCCGACGGGCUCGGACUCGACUCGCAGGAACUCAACAGCAGUGAUCGGGGCCGGUACGACACUAUGAUCCCGCCCGCGGCUGGGCAGAAAAGGAAGUUUGCGGACCGCGGGGAUACACCAGCCGACAUGACGGAGAGCGGUAACGGGGGCAGGCCAGCGCCUCCAAUCCACAUGGGCAGCGAUUACGCCGACGUCGUGGAGCGCGGGAUCCUCAGCGCCGAAAAGGCGGCCGAGCUUUUCGAGCGGUACAACACGCACAUGAUGCCGCACAUGCCGGCGGUGGUGUUCGCCGCCGGCACGACGGCCGAGGAGACGCGGAGGUUCAAGCCGCUUCUGUUCUUGGCCAUUAUGUCGGCGGCGUCGUCCGAGUCGCCCAACGUGCAGCGCCGGCUGGUCAAAGAGCUGAUGCAGAUCUUUGCCGAGAAAAUCAUCAUCACGGGCGAGAAGAGCCUGGAGAUCGUGCAGGCGCUGCAGGUGGCCGUCAUCUGGUACUGGCCGCCCGAGCAUUUUGAGGAGCUCAAGUUCUACCAGCUCGUGCAUAUCGGCGCCGUCAUGGCGCUCGACAUCGGGUUGGGGCGGCGGACGGCCGGCAGGAAGAUGCAGAUUCCAUACCAGUGGCGCAACCACCCGUUCAGGCGCGCGCCGCCACCGGACCCGUCCUCCAUCGAAUGCCGCCGCGCUUGGCUCGCGGCCUACUUCCUCGCCGCCAACACGUCGAUGGCGCUGCACCGGCCGAACCUGGUGCGGUGGACGUCUUUCAUGGCCGAAUCGAUGGAGGUGCUGCAGACGUCGGCCGACGCGGCGCCGACGGACAAGUACUUUUGUCACCUCGUGUGGACACACCGGCUCGCCGAGGAGGUUGGCAUCCAAUUCUCCAUGGACGACCCGGCAGUCGUACCCAACAUCACGGAUUCGAGGACGCAGUACUCACUGAGGAUGCUGGAGCGCGAUUUGGAGAAGUAUACCGCCUCUGUGCCCAAGGAGGAGAUGCAGUCGACUCUCCGCAUGUCCUUUCACAUAGCCCUGCACACGAAAACUGACGACAUCCGCCCGCCGUUCGACACGGCGACCCUCAAAGACGGUAUGCUGACCAGUCUCACCCUCACGACGUCCCACAUCAACGCCCUCUCGGCGUGCCUGUCCGCCAUCGACGGCAUCUUCGACGCCUUCUUGGCGAUGGAGGUGCCCAGCAUCCGCUGCCUACCCGUCUUCAACUUCGUCCGCAUCGCCUAUGCCGUGGUUGUGCUCAUCAAAAUGUACUUCUCCGCUACGGCGCCCGGGUCCGAGCUUGGCAAGGUGAUUGACAAGGACAAUAUGAAGGUGGAGUCGUACCUCGACGCGCUGCUCGAGAAGUUCCGCGCUGCGGCAUCGGACGAUCGGAGUCGGCCAGCCGCCAAGUUCAUGGUGGUGCUGGUGAUGCUGAGGAGUUGGUUUCUGAAGCAGAGCAAAGGGCUCGCGACAGGCGGGCCGCCGGGGAGCGGUGGCCAGUCGGCUUUCGGAAGUGCUGCUACGCCUGGGGUAGCGAUGCCGACGUCGACAUCACAAGUUGAACAGACCCCGGCAUCUACACACACAUCACGGCCCAUAGAGCGGACACCCAUGGAGGACCAGCAGCGGGCAUUUCAACCGGGACCACCACCCCCUAGAAUGCGGGAAUACCCCGCCGCUAACACGCCGUUGCACCUCCUUUCAGAGAUCGCGACAAACGACCACUCAGGCCGCGUGACAAACAAUAUGCUCUGGAACCCGCCUCCGUCGUCGGCGCGGCAGUCCUUCCUCUACGACCCCAGCGCCGUGACGCCUACGCCGCUUGGCGGGUCAAGGGCUGGGCCGGGCACGGCGUCUAGCGGCACUGUCGACCACCCCAGUGUCUCAUCCAACACGAAUACAGGCAGCGCGGCGGCGCCGUGGACGAACUCGGCAUGGGCGGGCGAUCUCCAGGACAUGGGCUUCGACGUAGGCUUCACCGAGGGGCUGUCACUCGAGGAGAUCACGACUGGGUUCGGCGCGAGCCCGGACAGCCUUAGCAACGGAAUGCGGUACGUCAUGGCCCAGGAUCCCUGGCUCAGCGGCAUCGGCGGGUUCGAGAACUUGUUUGAGGGGAUGCCGGGGGCGUCUGGGCCGCCCAUGUUCCCCAUGUGA